AUGAUAUCCAAAGGUUCGUCCAAGACCAGGGUGCCGGACGGUUCCCCGACCCGGUCGACGGGUGGUGACGUGAACAACAACGGUCCCACCAAGUGUAUGAACGGUGCGUGCGGCGGUUACGGUCCGUCGUCGGCCGGCGGUGGUGGAGGUGCCGGCGACAGUCCGGCCGCCCAACCGCGACGCGUCCAGGUCACCGCCAAAAUACUGUUCGGCUCGGUGAACGCCAUAUCGACGAUGAAGCAGAACGACAAGCUGCACAGGAAAAAAUCGCAAUGA